GCCGGUGCCCGCCUCCCGCUGCUGAGAAGCGCGGAGUUGAGCGGUGGCGGGCGGCGGCCACAGGCGCCGAGUGUGGGCCCGACCCCAGGGGCUGAGGAGCCCGGCAAAGGGGCGGCAGCGCCGCUUCACCGGCGGAGCCCACGCGCCUCCCUUGCCCCUCGUAGGGCCACGGUUUGUUUGACUUCAGCGGUGCUUUUCCACGCUUUGCACUUUGCGGCUGCUUUUCAACGGGUUUGUAGGUGAUUUCCAAGUCAGUCUAUACAUAUCUGUAAGUUUAUUUUAAGCGUAAAACUCAAAGAUCCUCUGCUCCGUUCCCUGCAUGGUCCAGGAACGUCUCGUUUUGGUCCCGGACCGAGUGUUGACAGCGGGUCAUCCUAUGUCUAUUGCCUUUUAAUUGAAAGCAACAAUUAAGCAAGUGAUCCCACAGCAGUAACUGCGCUGAGCGCGCAGGAGUCCCGAGGAAGUUACGCUCUGUCGCACGUAUGUAAAAUCGCGGUCGAGCCGUGAGAAACCGCAAAUGGCACUAACACAGCGGGGCACCACGGCUUAAAAGGUCGGGAUUGAGGCUGGGCUCUGGUGUGCGAUCCGCAGCUCUUUGAUGUGUCAACCUCGGGCUGCAAUACCGAGAGGGAGGGGGAUCCCGGUGCGUGUAAAACGUGCACUUGUAAAAAAGAAAUAGCAGCUCCCGAUUUCUGCACCUGCCCCGUUCCGUUCCCUGCCCGGCGUUAAAGCUGCCCCGGAGCCUGGCAGAUGUGACAGCGACCCGUAAGAUGGCUGCUGCCAUCCCCGCUGCUUUAAGACGGUCUGUUAAGGUGGAGAAGCCGCUACGCUCGGAGGCGAAGGGAAACGCAGCCCCUGGCUGAGCAGAUGAUUAACGGGAAUAAAAAGAAUGAACCGAGUCGCUUCUGUUAAAUCUGAGGAUUCUUUGUUGUUACUGGAAGUGGUCGGAUCGCUUUUAAAGAAUGACAAACAGCCGCUGUAUGAUAACAACCACUGAAGAACGGUUUCCUCAGCCUCUCCGCUCGCGUUCUUUUAUGUCGGCGACGUUUCCACUUCCCCCCCCCCCCCCGACUUGAAAAUGAAACUAUUACCGCGCAGUUUCACUUUCAGCUUUACCCCGCUCCGCUUUAGUGACGACCGAGCAGAUCCUCCGAAACAAUAAUUGGCUCCGAGCGGCCGGGGGGGGCCGCUGAGGGACACGGGCUGCUGGGCUUGACGGGAGCUGCUGGAGCCGUUCCACGGUUCAUAGCAUUUAUGUAACCCACUAUCAUUUGCACGCCCUUGUACAAAUGAAUUCCCCGUUUCAAUUCUCAACAUGCGUUUACUAUUUUUGUGAUGGGAGAUUCCACCAACACGUGUUAGGCCCUUUAGAUCUGCAGCUGCACAGGCAAGUGUUUGCAGGAUCAUUCCACAGGUGAAUGAACUUAUUCUUCUCACUCUUUUCAAGGUUCUUAAAAGCCCAGUAAGUUUUUACUUCCACUGAAACAAAACAUUUCACAGUGUGUUUAUGAGGGUCUAUUGCAAAACCGCAUUGCACAGCUGCAUGAUGAUUAGUAUAAAGGCAAAACUCAAUUUUCCUACAGUUCCUCCUUGAAGCCUCAAGAGCACGUCUGCCUUACACCAUAACUCUGCUUUUUACCUUCUGCUUGCCAGAUAACCAGAGCGCUAAGUCUACCAGAACAGUAAGUCUACCAGACUGUGGCUACGGAUACAGUUACUAUAGUAACAUUUAUAAACACCAAUGUCACUACAAAUGCAGCGUUGCCCGCUAUCAUGAUGAAGCAACAUAAAAGAAAACACACUUAAACUGAAGAUAGGGCCAGUGCAGGGAGUGCUCCCAAGCCCCAGUACAGCAUGUGACUCACUGGGUUCAUCUCCAUCACUUCCCACCUUUCACAACAGGGCUGCCGUGGAGCUAUGCUGUUGCUGCUGGAGACACAGUCACCUACAACACAGUGAUGUCGUACUUAUCGAAUACUGAAGUGAAAAUUCACAGCACAUUAAACUCCUUUAUAGAAUGACGUGGGAGGAAAAAUCACAGGACAAAGCAAGACUACCCUAUGAUGAAAGCUGCAGAGAUGAGGAAGAUCAUCUGGAGAACAUCAUGAUGGCACCUGAGAAUGCAGAUUCCAUAGGCAUUCCAAUUCUCUGCUCAGUGUGUCAACAACCAAUAUAUCCACGCUGUUUUUAUAACCACAAAAAAACCCACAAAGCCCUAACUUUGUUGGGCUAUGAUAGCUCGCAAAUGAUGGUGGAUAAUGAAACCCUUUUAGCUCAGAGACAGGCGCUAAUUUCAAAGGUGGCCAAGCUUCCUACGAAUUCUGAAAGACAUCGGCAGAAAAUCAAUGAAUCAUUUGAAUUUCUUAUGGAUAGUCAUGCUUCUACAUCAUAUUGCCAUCCUGACAAUACAAACAGUGUUAACACUCUCAAGAAAGUACAAAACUCUUCAAUAAAAGCAUUAUCAAUUUGCCAAGAUAAAAAUUCCACGUGGCAGAGAGACAUGGAAGACAGAUUUUUUGUAGUGGACAACUAUGGAAGUAAGUCAGAUACCUGCUUUCUCGGACUAAUUGAUGGGCACCAUGGCAUGACAGCUGCAGAAACAGUUGCAGCAGAGCUUCCACUUUUAUUUCUUGACCAGCUUGCUCAAACAGAUCCCUCAUACAGAAUGACCGAGGAGGAACAGCAAAUUCUAGACUCUUUUGCCACAGUAAUAACAGAAGACUACAGGGAAAAAGAGAAGAUUUUCUCUGACAGGCAGGAUAACAAGACCGAUAAGACAAAUAGUUAUGAAUGGAUUCACAAAGCAUAUGCCAAGGCCUUCUGGAGAAUGGACAGACUUUUACAGCUAGGAAGGAAUGAGGUUUCUAGAGUUCGAUGGAGUGGCUGUUCGGCUGUAACGUGUCUGAUGGAAAGACUCCCCACUGAAAAUACGGAUGACACCGAAGAAAGAAAAAACUUAGAAAGCAGCAUGCAAAGUUCAUUAACUAGCACAACUGAAGAUGCUGCUGGGCUCCUGCAUAUUGCUAACAUAGGUAACACACAUGCAGUUUUAUGUAAAAAUGGCAAGAGUUAUCGCCUCUCAGAGGAGCACAGCACUUCUAAUGUAAGGGAGAAAAAACGCAUACUUCAGAAUGGUGGAAACAUCAGCACUAAUGAACCAGAUGGAUUAGUAGAGGGUCACCUUGGAACCACAAGAGGUCUUGGAUAUCAUGGAGAUCCCGUACUAAAAAGAUCUGUUAUACCCGUACCUCAUAGCAUCUCUGUCCCAAUAGAUGAUUCUUGUCAAUUUCUUAUUUUGGCUUCUAAUGGGCUUUGGGAGGUUUUGGAUUACAAUGAAGUAUGUGCAUUAACACUAACAACAUUCACUCAGUAUCUGAGAAUGCAUGAAUGUAUUCAACAAAAUGAGGCUUCUCUGUAUAACUGCCAGCAUUUGAUAUCUCACACUCAGGAAGAGCUAAGUGACCCAAAGACUAUGAAUUAUCAGCAAGUUGAAACAGAGAUGCUGGACUCCAGCACGGAGAUUUUUCUCCCUGACUCAAAAGGUGUCCUUACACAUGGACAGCCAAAAUGUUCUAGGAUGAGCUAUUUGCAGAGUGAAAAUGAAGUUGUUCUUAAGGAAACUGAUGACCACAAAGAUCAAGCUGAUUCAGAACCGACACUUUUCAGUAACGAUGAGAUAGGUCUGGAGAAAAGGGGGAUAAAACAAUCUGUUUCUAGCACACAAGUCAGCUCAGAAGAACUGGAACAGUCAGAGGACACAAAAACAUACCAGUUCAGUUGUGAAUCACAAAUUGCAGGAAAAGGUGGGGUCACUUCUAAGGCACUCUAUGACAAUGCAGCAAGCUACAUCAGUGAACAAUUGGUAAAGGCUGCAUUAGAUGCAGGUUCAAGAGAUAACAUUACUAUUUUGAUUGUACUUCUAAACGGAUGUGAUAAGUUACCCAACUAACUCAACAUUUAGAAGGUAUCAUGUGACAAAUGGAGUUCCACAGAACACACAGCACAAGCUUAUAUUUAGCCAGGUCAUGAAGUUACUUGCAGUCACCUUAAGUGCUGACCCAUAUAGCAAAUCGGACAGGUACGCUCAAACUGUUCAAACGAAAUAAACAUUUCUGACAGACACAAUAAGAAACAGUAACCACAAACUUUUUUUUUUUUUUACCACUUUAUUCAAACCUGAGCACCUCAAUAUAAAACUAAACACUGGUGAACUGUCAUUUGCCUUGCUAAACCCAGAUUACUGCAAAUUAAAAAUCUGCACGAGUAAGUUUCUGCUAUCAGUUCAACAUUUAAAUAGACUAAUUCAUCUCUUCUGACACACUCGGUAGAUUUCAUAUAAUGAAAAUAACUAAGAAUUAGUGCAAUAUACUGGACAGGUCAAAAUAAAAUGUACUUUGGAAAACAAAGUUGCAAAGUUCAUUAUUGACAGACAGCAGUACUUAUGUUACAGAUACAGGAGCAUCAUUUAUUACUGUUCUAGCCAUAAAGGAAGAACUUAAAACCCCCUUUGAUUAGAGAGGAAAAAUGUUAGCUUUAAGUAACUGUACAUUCUGUAUACCUUUAAGCAACUCUUAAAUAUUACAGAAAGUAUUAAACAAAUGUAGACUACAAUGCAGAGUACCUAUUUA